AUGCGUUCUUCACUCGCUUUCAUCCUCGGUGCCGGCAGCGCUAUGGCGCAGUUCACCAACUCGUCGAUGCCCAUGCCGGUGCCAACCGGCGCACCUGACAACAAGGCUUUCCCCAACACCGUUGGCGAGUUUAAAUUCCUUGGCUGUCUGACCGGAACGUUCCCAGGCUUCAAGAAGAUGGCUUCAGAUGACAAGAUGACCCUUGACCUCUGCGCUGCGAGCUGCCCAUCUCAGAUCAUGGGUGUUGUUGGCAAGGACUGCUUUUGCGCGGAUACCGUCGACUCUUCAGCAUCUAAGAAGGAUGACAAGAGCAAGUGCAAUCUUCCAUGCCCUGGCAUGCCCGAGGAGCACUGUGGCGGCAUGCUAUCUAAAAUGAAGCGCGCCGACGUCGUGCCCGCGGGCUCUGCCAUGACCGCAUACAUGCGCGAGGGCGGGAGCAGCAGCAGCAGCAGCAACGGUGGCAGCGGCGGCACCACCAGCAAAGCCAGCUCCAAGACCGUCACCAGCACCUAUGUCAGCACAAUCACGUCGUGCCCGCCUAGCGUGACCAACUGCCCCGUCGGUUCCAAGACACACAAGGUUGUGGUCGAGACCGUAGCUGUGUGCCCGCAGCCCAAGUGGCACGCGAAGAAGAUUGAGUGCCACAACAACCACUGCGCGCCCGAGUACGCCUGCGAGGGCAAGCACUGCAAGCACCAGCGCGUCAUCUGCGUCGACGGCAAGUGCCACGCUGAAGAGUGCAACACCAACGACUGGCACAAACUCGUGAUUUGCAAGGGCAAGGACUGCAAGUACUCGCAAUGCAAGGGUGCUGAGUGCGACAAGAAGGUUGUCUGCUACAACGGCAACUGCGUUGUCGAACAGUGCUACGGCAAGGAGUGCGACAAGAACAUGGUAUGCAAGGGCGACAAGUGCGGCUGGCAGUCCUGCAAGCCUGGUGAUGCCAGCUGCAAGAAGGAGAUUACUUGCAACGGUGACGACUGCAAGGUCCGCCCCAACCCUACCGGCCCCAUGCCUGCUCCCGGCCCCAAGCCUACUCAGAACAAGGACCAGAACAACAAGGACCAGAACAACAAGGACCAGAACAACAAGGACCAGAACAACAACGGCCAGAACAACAAGGGCCAGAACGACAAGGGCCAGAACAACAAGGGCCAGAACGACAACGGCCAGAACAAGGGCCAGAACGACAACGGCCAGAACAACAAUGGUCAGAACAAGGACCAGAACAACAAGGGCCAGAACAACAAUGGUCAGAACAAGGACACCACUACAUACGGCAAGCCUGUUACCCCCACUACGAUCCCAGUUGUUGCUGGCGGCGAGAAGAUCAGCUUUAGCGUCUUUGCGGCCGUCUUCGGCAUUUUCAUUAUGGCCUAA